AUGACUGAAAAAAUUGGUUUACCUUUUAGACAUGGAAUGUUAGUUGAAGAAAUUGUAUUGAUAAGAAUAAAUGACUUACUCUCAUUUGAUGGAAAUGAAGGUGUAUUUAAUAUAACUAAUAGAAUACCAGACAACACGGUUUUGGAUAAAACUCUCUGUACAUUCACAUUCCCUGAUCAUGACCUCAGCAGUUCAGUUAAAAAAGAAGAUAAAUUUACAUUUACAUUAACAGAACUUGAUGGGAAGAGGAGAUACUGUCAUUGUAAAAGAGAAGUCUACCAACGGUCUUAUUGUUUUUGCAUCAUUUCAUCGUAUCCUUCUUUCACACUAUUCAGUAAUAUUUUAGAUUUUCUUAGUCAAAAUAUUAACUCAAAGUAUUUAAAUGAUAUCUUCCUUGAUUUAUUCAAUAAACAAUUCCCCAAACCCAACCAGACAAUUACUAAUGAUAUAUCAAAUUCUAACAAAUUCACAUAUACAAUUAAACGUAUAGAAGAUAGUUUAUUUGAACCUAACUUUAUUACUCCAUCUUUAUUUUUAAAUAUGUUUGGUGCUUCAUUAUUUGUAGAUAUGUUAUCUCAUCUUCUUCUAGAGAGGAAAUUUAUUUUUAUUUCUGAGUCUUUACAGUUACUUAGUUCUUCAGUUCAUACCUUCUCAAGACUUAUUUAUCCAUUUAUUUGGCAGCACGUCCUUAUUCCAAUUCUUCCUCCUGAUAUGUUGUCUUUAGCAUUUGCUCCAAUGCCAUUCAUCAUUGGUUGUACCUAUUCCACUUUUCUUCAAAUGGUUGAAGAAGUUGAAAUUAACGAUGUAUAUGUUUUUAAUUUAGAUACAUCAACAUUUCUUUCUUUUCCUUCUCAUCCAUUAUUAUUAACCAGUGAUCGUUCCGUUCAAUUAAGGUCUCAAUUAAAUAAAUUACAAAAAAGUAUGGAGAACGACAAAAAGUCUGUUUUAUUACAAUCAUCAGAUCCUGUCAUUUCAUCUCUACUGUUAGACUUUUAUAGAUAUUCCUUUGGUUUUUAUGCUUCAACAUACCAUGAAAAAGUUAACCAAAAAACUCUUCAAAAGGUGAAAGGUUUUGAUCUUACUAAUCCAAAAACAAACCCAGACAAAACAGGAAGGACAUUCUUUCUAGAAUUCCUUAAUAGUCAAAUGGCAGAUAUGUAUUUCUCCGAAAGAGAAAAACAAGUUAUUGAAGGAAAAAAUAUUAGAAAGUUAUGUCCAUUGCUCAUCCCUUAUAGCUCUAAUCCUAUUUUUGACACACCCUCAAGUUAUGGUUAUUACAACACUAAAUGUGUUAAUUGUCACAGCACCAUCCUUUCACAGUCACCUUGUUGUAUGUUAGGAUCAUUGCCAUGCCAUUGUUGUUGUUAUCGGUGUCUAUCUUGCUUUAGAAUUAUGCUUGGUGACAUCAAAGGAGAUGUAAAUCGUAUGAUUUGCACAUUAUGUAUUGAAUCAAAUUCUCAACCAAAACAUAGAACUGCUGAAGAAUACCAACAGCUUUUAAGUAAAAAAUAUCGUACAGCACUAGGCAAUAUAUCACAAAUACUAUCUCAAAAAUCAAAGUCAUCAAAAAAUGUUGCUUUAACACCAACAUCAAACUCUCAACAUGCUACCCCUUCAAUCACACCAAGGUAUGACAGUAAUGACGCUAAGUCAAUUGAGUUGUUUGAUUUUUCCAAUGCAAAAUCUUAUUCAACUCAACCAACAAUUGCUUUUGAUUUAGUUGGCACUUCAACAAACCAGUUAGAAAGUGAAGACCUUCCCACUAAAGAAAAGAAAACAGAAGAGUUAAAUAACAUCUCUGACCAACCCAAAGACAAAAGUACCAAUAACGAAUUAUUUGAUUUUGAACAACACCUAUCAACACCUCCGCCAACACCAAUUUGUUCUCUGUCAAAGAGUCCACUAAAUGAAUCUGGUUCUGGGACAUUUACAUUUGACAGUAUUAAUACUUCUAAAUCCCAACAACAAAUAAAAUACCAAUCCACAAACGUCCCUUUGUUUGAUUUUACUUUACUUUAA